AUGCGCACUGCCUCUCGCCUCGUGGCCCUCACAGACAGAGCGAUCCUGCGAGUUUCAGGAGAAAACAGCGGGCAAUUUCUACAAGGCUUAUGCACGCAGGACAUGCAACGCCUCCAGAUCAUGCGGUCUGCGGGCCACGCCGUGCUGCCCGCUGCUUUCCUUUCACCCAAAGGCAAAGUACUUUGUGACACCCUUGUCCAGCAAGUGGACAAGCACGAAUACUUCGUCGACUGCCACGCGGAUUCGGCAACACCGCUGCUGCGACUGCUUAUUCGUCAUCGCUUGCGACAGCCACUGACCAUUGAGAACAUCUCAAAGAGUUUUAUGCCUUUUGCGCUCCUUCCACCUGAAGCCGAAUCUGUACCUGGUGCAGAUUCUAACGCAGGCGACAAGCUGGAUCUCGCCAGUUUUUUUCCAGAUCCUCGGUUUGCGGGAAUGGGACAGCGCGCAAUCUUGCCUGCAGAUGUGGCGAACACGACCCUCAGUGUUUCUGACUAUCAUCGGUGGCGUGUGUGCUGCGGAGUUCCAGAGGGACCGCGUGAUAUGAAAGUCGAUGAGAUCAUGCCUUUGCACGUGAACAUGGAGCUGCUGAACUUUGUGUCUUUCUCCAAGGGCUGCUACGUAGGCCAAGAGCUGCUGACGCGAACCAAGCACAGAGGUGCUGUGCGAAGACGUGUUUUCAUUGCUGUGGCCGCUGACUAUGGCACAGAACAAAUCCCGAAGCUUCAAGAGGUGCUGGGACACUUGCAACCCAGCUCUCCCCUGCCUGAAAACUGCAUCGUACCGAUCGAAGAGUCCUUGGAGCGUGAUGCGACGUCCGACGCAUUGGCCGUGUUUUCCCGACGUGACCAGUCCGACCUUAAGCAAGUUGGCGUGCUGCAGUCUGUGUUCCAGAAUGUGGCCUUGUGCCUGCUGCGGUGUGAGGGUGACUUCAAUGACCCUCGAAGUUUCAUAAAUGCACCCGUGCAAGAAGGGACAGAGAUCGUAACGGCAUCAGGCCGCUCGCAGAUGCUACUAAGGGCUCCCCCAUAUGCAUUUUUCGAGACAGCGUCGCAAGAGUAA